GGAUCGUAUUAUUUCUUUAGAUCAAGUCAACUUCUCCAACUAAGAUAAUUGGCAAUUUUAAAAACCAACGUGGUUGCCUCAAUUGAACCAAGUUGGGAAUCCAAUAAUAUACAAGUACGGUUGCUCGGACUUUCAAAAAAUGCACUACUUUUUAUAAUUUAGGAUGAUUUGAAAUGCACAUGUCAGACAUUUUUUAAGAGUCCGACCAACAUAAAUUAUAAAAGGACACAAGUCUACAGGAGGAAGUUAUACCUUUGCCUCAACAAAAGCUCAUAUUCUUUCUUCAUUUGAGCUCAAAACAUCUCUUUAGCACUUUGUCCAUUUUGUUCAAUGGGUUGUGCAGAGAUACUGGAGAAAUUGCUGGAAACAGUUUGCGGAAAGCAGCGCGAUGUUCCAGUAGAACGUGAUUCCAUUAAGAUCAAGGGGAUUGUUGUAUUGAUGAAGAAAAAUGUUUUGAACUUUAAGGAUGCUGGUUCUGCAUUUCUUGAUCGAAUGCACGAGCUCUUUGGCAAACGCGUUUCCCUACAGCUCAUCAGUGCUGUACAGCCUGAUCCUGGAAAUGGAUCAAAAGGGAAGUUGGGAAAACCAGCAAUAUUGGAAUGGGCAUCCUCCAAGACUUGGAUAUCAGUGGAAGAAGCAGCAUUCAAUAUUAUAUUUGACUGGGAUGAGUCAAUAGGAGUUCCUGGUGCUUUCGUUAUAAAGAACAAUCACCAUAGCCAGUUUUACCUGAAGACUCUCACUUUAGAAGAUGUUCCUGGACAUGGUGAAGUUCAUUUUGUCUGCAAUUCUUGGGUGUAUCCACCACAUCGCUACAACUAUGAUCGUGUAUUUUUCAGCAACAAGACAUACCUGCCAUGCAACACACCAGAACUACUUCAGUCAUACAGGAAUGAAGAGCUCGUUAAUCUUCGGGGUACAGGUUCUGGCAUGCUCAAGGAAUGGGACAGGGUUUAUGACUAUGCUGUCUACAAUGAUUUAGGCUAUGAUCGACCUGUGCUUGGUCGAUCUAAGGAUUAUCCAUAUCCGCGUAGAGCCAGAACAAGCCGUCCACUGACUAAAAGAGAUUCUAACUUAGAGAGACGGUUGCCACCUCUGAGUUUGAACAUUUAUGUUCCGCGAGAUGAGCUUUUCAACCAUGUGAAGUUUAAAGAUUUCCUUACAUAUGGUGGCACAGCAAUUGUUCGGGUCAUAAUUCCAGAGAUGGCGUCUGUGUUAGCCAGACCUUUUAACGAGUUUAACAGCUUCAAACAUGUACUAGAAGUCUACAAAGAUAGCGCUGAGGAAAGGUCCAGGGAAUGCAUGCCAUGGAAAAUACUCAAAGGGCAAUUUCAUAAGUAUCCAAUUCCUCAUGUGAUUGAAGAAGAUAACUCAGCAUGGAGGACAGAUGAAGAAUUUGGACGUGAAAUGCUGGCCGGAGUUAACCCUGUGAUUAUCCAGCGUCUACAGGAAUUUCCACCCACAAGCAAGCUAAAUCCUGAAGUAUAUGGCAAUCAGACCAGUAAAAUAACAAGGGAGCAGAUUGAGAAAUACAUGGAUGGACUAACUGUGGAUGAUGCAAUAGAGAAUAACAGGCUAUUCAUCUUGAAUUAUCAUGACAAACUUUUGCCUUAUCUUAAACGGGUUAACUCAACAACCACAAAGACCUAUGCUAGUCGUACCCUCCUUUUACUCCAAGACGAUGGAACAUUGAAGCCACUUGCAAUUGAACUGAGCUUACCACAUCCACAAGGAGAUAAACAUGGUUCCAGCAGUCAAGUAUUUACCCCAUGUAAUGAUGACAGCAUCGAAGGAUAUGUCUGGCAUCUGGCCAAAGCUUAUGUUGCUGUAAAUGACUCUGGAUAUCAUCAGCUCAUCAGUCACUGGCUGAACACUCAUGCAGUGAUAGAGCCAUUCAUUAUAGCAGCAAACAGACAAUUGAGUGUGAUUCAUCCAAUCUAUAAGCUUCUACAACCCCACUUCCGCGAUACAUUGUAUGUCAAUGCUUUGGCUCGGCAGAUCCUCAUUAAUGCAGGUGGAAUACUUGAAUUGACAGUAUUCCCAUCCAAGUAUGCCAUGGAAAUGUCUUCUGUCAUCUAUAAGAAUUGGGUGUUCACUGAGCAGUCACUCCCUGCAGAUCUACUUAAAAGAGGAGUUGCAGUGCCAGACCCAAGCCAACCUCAUGGCCUUAAACUUCUGAUAAAGGAUUAUCCUUUCGCAGUUGAUGGACUUGAGAUUUGGUCAGCAAUCGAAGCCUGGGUUGAUGAAUACUGUUCAUUCUAUUACUCAACUGAUGACAUGAUCCGUGAUGACACUGAACUACAGUCAUGGUGGAUGGAAGUUCGCGAUGAAGGUCACGGUGACUUGAAAGAUGAACCAUGGUGGCCUCUAAUGCAGACACGAGCUGAACUCAUCGAAACAUGCACAAUUAUUAUAUGGGUGGCUUCUGCUCUUCAUGCAGCUGUCAACUUCGGGCAAUAUCCUUAUGCUGGUUACCUCCCAAAUCGUCCAACAGUAAGUCGAAGAUUCAUGCCUGAGCCAGGCACCCCUGAGUAUGCUGAGCUUGAGUCAAACCAUGAGCGCGCCUACCUAAACACAAUCACAGCUCAGUUACAAACUCUUAUGGGCAUCUCAUUGAUAGAGAUGUUAUCCAUGCAUUCUACAGAUGAGAUUUAUCUCGGGCAACGAGACACUCCUGAAUGGACUUGUGAUCGACAACCACGACAAGCAUUGCAGACAUUCAGUGACAAAUUAGUUGAAAUUGAAAACAGAAUAAUUGAAAGGAACAAUGACAGUAUAUUAAAGAACAGAAAUGGACCUGUACAGAUGCCUUAUACAUUACUAUAUCCAAAUGCCACAGGUGACAAGAGUGCAACAGGACUUACUGGCAAGGGAAUCCCCAAUAGUGUCUCAAUAUGAAGUUACAUGACAUUAAAAUGGUUUGUUGUACAUGAAUCUGUUAUGAACCAGCCUUGGCCCAAUGUCGAUAUCUACAUGGAUGUCACACAACUAGUUGUUGGGCUGAGAAGAAGAAAGAGAAUUGGAAGGCCUUUCAAAGGUUGAUUUGGGACUCAGGCCCAAUUAACAACUACCUAAAAGGACGACAUAUGAGAAAGAACGGUUUAUGCCAAUUGUGAAAAAAUUGUCUGUUCCUCCCAUCUUCUUCCUAGAGUCUAAUCUUCUCAUCUUAUUCUUAUAUCUAUCUUAGUUACUUUGUUAUUUCAACAUUUCCAUUGUAAUUCAGUAAUUUGAGUAUUGUUAGUUACGAAUUUAAAAUUGUAAUCGCAUUCCAACUCUCUUACUAAUAUAUUGAAGA